AUGGUCCGCGUCUCUGUUUUGAACGACUGCCUGAACAACAUUGUCAACGCCGAGCGGCGGGGCAAGCGCCAGGUCCUCGUCCGACCUUCCUCCAAGGUCAUCGUCAAGUUCCUCAGCGUCAUGCAGCGUCACGGCUACAUCGGCGAGUUCGAGAUCGUCGACGACCACCGCUCCGGCAAGAUCGUCAUCCAGCUCAACGGCCGGCUGAACAAGACGGGUGUCAUCUCUCCCCGCUACAACAUCCAGGCACCCCAGAUUGAGUCGUGGGUGAACUUGCUCCUGCCUGCUCGUGGCUUCGGCAUCAUCAUCCUCACGACAUCGUCUGGCAUCCUCGACCACGAGGAGGCGCGUCGCAAGAACGUCGGUGGCAAGCUGCUGGGCUAUGUGUACUAG